AUGAUUCUACGUAAAGCAACUCUGCAGGCUGUUCAGGAUUCUUCGGUUGCUAAGGUUGCUUCCCAGAUGCACGACACGUCUUCCCACAUAAACCCUCGAUACAUGCUUUUGAAGCCCACCAGUCUAGCUAGUAAUGUAGUUGAGGAUCAUGAUGCCCAAGAUGAACUUGCCUUCAAGCGAGACAUCCAAGACAAUGACGAAGAGGCUGUGCAUGUCAAAGAACAGAGUAUCUUGGAGCUGGGUGGACUGCUGGCCAAGACUGGACAAGCUGCUGAAUUGGGAGGUUUGCUGAAGUAUGUCCGACCAUUCCUGAACUCCAUCAGCAAAGCAAAGGCAGCACGGUUGGUGCGCUCUCUGCUCGAUAUGUUCUUGGACAUGGAGGCAGCUACUGGUCAGGAGGUGGAGUUAUGUUUGGAGUGCAUUGAAUGGGCCAAAUCAGAGAAGAGGACCUUUCUCCGACAGGCCCUGGAGGCCCGUCUGGUCUCUUUAUACUUUGACACCAAACGUUAUCAAGAGGCUCUACAUCUUGGCUCUCAGCUCCUGCAAGAGCUGAAGAAGAUGGAUGAUAAAGCUCUGCUGGUGGAGCUCCAGUUGCUGGAAAGCAAGACAUAUCAUGCACUAAGCAACUUGCCCAAGGCCAGAGCGGCUCUCACCUCUGCCAGGACCACAGCAAACGCCAUCUACUGUCCCCCAAAGCUGCAGGCUGCUCUAGACAUGCAGUCAGGCAUUAUUCACGCUGCUGAGGAGAAGGACUGGAAGACAGCGUAUUCAUACUUUUAUGAGGCUUUUGAAGGCUACGACUCUAUUGACAGUCCCCGUGCCAUCACUGCACUCAAGUACAUGCUCCUCUGCAAGAUCAUGCUCAACUCGCCAGAGGAUGUGCAGGCCCUGAUCAGUGGAAAGCUUGCCCUCAGAUAUGCUGGCAGACAGACAGAUGCACUUAAAUGUGUAGCCCAAGCCAGCAAGAACAGGUCACUUGCAGACUUUGAGAAGGCUUUAACAGAAUACAAAGCUGAGCUACGGGAGGAUCCUAUCAUCAGCACCCACCUGGCCAAACUCUAUGACAAUCUGCUGGAACAAAACCUAAUAAGGGUCAUCGAGCCCUUCUCCAGAGUGCAGAUUGAACACAUUUCUGAGCUAAUAAAACUCUCCAUGGGGGAUGUUGAAAGGAAACUGUCACAGAUGAUUUUAGACCAGAAAUUCCAUGGAAUCCUUGACCAAGGGGAAGGUGUCCUGAUUGUAUUUGACGAACCUCCAGUAGACAAAACUUAUGAAGCCGCCCUUGAAACAAUUCAGAACAUGAGCAAAGUAGUGGACUCGCUCUACAACAAAGCCAAAAAACUGACAUAGGUUGAGCAUUGGACCCUGCAGCUGAGAGCAUGGCCAGUGUGGGGGACUCUGAGGGAAGGGGAGGGGGAUGUGAUAUAGACAUCAAGUCAAAAAAGGUCUAACACCCCAAAAAUGGACUGACUCCUGCUGUUGUCCUCUCUGGCUUUCUCUUGGACAUUUUUUACCACCUUCCUCAAAGGACAAACUACUUCUACUAUGGGAUCACAAUUUUUUUUUUUUGUCCACUUAAUUAUAUAUAUAUAUUUUUUUUUUUUUUUUGCUGGUAAUGCAUUUCUUUGUAUCUUGGUUGUGCCUAAUGGGCCAUCAGGGAAUCUUCACAAAAAAUAAAAACUCACUUGCAUUAUAACUAUUUGAAAUGUAUAUACAUAGAUCUCUCAUAGAGCAAAGCUGAUAUGAGAAUGAUUUAGUUCCCUUGCCAAUCCAGGGGCCAUUGUAUCGAGCUGUCGACAAGAUUCCCUGCAUCACCGAUCGAAUGGUUUUAGCCCCAACUCUGGUCCCCUAAGGAAGCCCCUGGCCUCACUUCAGGCCUACCUCUCGUGCAGACAGCAUACUUGGACUUUUUAUGUUGGGCGGAAAAAUUCUGAUAAGAUGCUGUCAUCAGGAAGGGGUCAUGAGCUGUUGUCAUUCCCUGGCCCGUGCAUUCCUGCCCUUCCUCCUCCUUCCUCUUUGUACAUAACGUUGCCAAGCGCCUCUGUCUGGCCUGUCAUGCUGUUGCCCUUUUUUUAUAACGCUAAAAAAACAUAAUAAAGUCACCAAGAGAA